UUCAGUACGCCGGCCGGAAUUAGCCAAGUUAGCCGAAACAAGUGUCAGAAAUCGCCCUGUCUUUAAAAUGUCUCACCCAGUACCAUCUGAAAAGCCUGCAAACUCCGAAAACCCUCGUGUCUUCUUUGAUGUAGACAUUGGCGGAGAAAGAGCUGGCCGACUUGUUCUUGAGCUUUUUGCUGAUAUCGUCCCCAAAACUGCUGAAAACUUCCGGGCGCUCUGCACUGGAGAGAAAGGCAUUGGCAAAUCAACCGGGAAGCCUCUGCACUUCAAAGGAUGCCCCUUCCACAGAAUCAUCAAGAAGUUCAUGAUCCAAGGAGGUGACUUCUCCAACCAGAAUGGCACCGGGGGAGAGAGCAUCUACGGAGAGAAGUUUGAGGAUGAAAACUUCCACUACAUUCAUGACAAACCGGGUCUGCUCAGCAUGGCCAACUCCGGGCCGGACACCAACGGCUCUCAGUUCUUCAUCACCACCGUGGCCACUCCUCACUUAGAUGGGAAGCAUGUCGUCUUCGGACAGGUGCUAAAAGGGAUGGGAAUAGUCAAACUGCUGGAGUCCCUCGACACCACGGAGGACGCCCCUGAAAAGGUACAUUGUUUUAGUUAA